AUGACACGCCCAAUCUACUUCCAGCGCAUCGUCGACGCCCUGGAACAACUCUUCCCCCCGUCCGAGGGAUACAUCUACAAGCGCGGCUGGAUCCCCAACCCUCUAAUCCAGGCAGAGGAUCUGACCCUCAACGAGGUCCUCGAACUCUCGACCCCGGGGUCCACCACGUUCCUGGUGGUGGUGGGCGGCCACGAGCGGCCCCCGGAGAGGAAUUCUUUCUUAUGGCGGCUGAACCAUCUGAAGAUGCUGGUCCCCGACAGCGCCGGACGAUACCUGGACUUUGAGGGACUUGUAAUCGUUGGCAAGAAGUGUCGGUUCUACUCGCAGCAUUGCGCGCAGCGGCGACGGAUCUUGAGGAAUGAUCCCCGGGCCCUCCAUGCGCGGAAUCGGCGCAACGAGUACCGGAUUGUUGGGGAGAUGUCGGAAAUCCAUCAAAUUCUGGAAGAGUUUAAGGUCCUGUGUCAGAAGAAUGUGUUCUGGGUGGCGCCGCCUGGAGCGUCGCCGGUGUCGCGGUCUGGCCUGCAGUAG